CCUUAUCUUGCCUUCUCUCUCAAUUUCAUGUACUUAACACCAUAUCUGGUUCAUUUACAAUGGUAAAAAGCUUGCACCUUUUUCACUUAUUCUAACCAUUUUCCAUAUGUGACUCCUUUCUUCAUUCUCAUUUCGCUGAAAGAAAAUCAAAUUGGCCUUUCUUUGACACAUUUUCUCAGCAGCUUCACAAACAAAAUGUCUGGUGGUGUUGGUCCAACGGGUUCUGACAUUAGCUUACCAAGAGAAGAACAAGUUCACAAAGAACAUGAAGAACAUUCACUUCACAAAACCAUCACCACACCAAGAAAAUCACGUUUCCCAUCUUUCCGGCAUCUGAAUUGCUUGGCCGUGGUCAUUGUCCUGUCUGCAAGUGGCAUGAUUUGUCCUCAAGACUUUGCUUUUGUGGCCUUCUCCGUAGUCUACAUGUUGUUCCUGUCAAAAGUGGUUUUCCCAUCUCUUCACCCAUCAAAGGAAACCACAAUUUUCAACCCACAAAACAAAAUGUUUGCCCUUUAUAUAUUUAUAGGGGCCAUCAUUGGACUUUUUGCCCCAAUUGCAUAUAUCUUAGAUGGAAUAUUUGAGGGUGAUAAGGAAGGGAUCAAGGCGGCAGCACCCCAUGUUUUCCUCUUGGCCAGCCAAGUUUUCAUGGAAGGGGUGACAUUCUAUGGUGGGUUCUCGAUUCCAAUUAGAGCUUUUGUGCCUAUCUUUUACAAUUCAAGGAGGAUCUUCACCAUCGUGGAUUGGCUGAGGAGUGAGAUCAACAAGGUUAAUGAAGAGCACAGUGGGUCUGCAAGGAGGAUCUAUGUGGGGAGAGUGCUUGCCGUAGCAAAUAUGGCCUUCUGGUGUUACAAUUUGUUUGGAUUUCUGUUGCCUGUUUAUCUUCCUAGAGUUUUCAAGUUGUAUUACUCUGCUCCCAAAGAGAAGGACUGAUCAAUGACAAACAAGGAGGUUUGCUUUUGCUUGUUAAUGGUUAUUAUGUAAUUUGGUUUUCUUCAACCUUAAUUUCCUGUUGGUUAGUGUGUGAUAGUAUUUCCUUAAUCAAUGUCUUUGGUCUUAGAUUUCUUGUUGCUGUUAUUCUUCUCCUUUUACAUAACAAGUCAAUGUUGUUGUUUUAGUUCUUUUUA